GAGCGCCUAAUUCUAAUUUAAUAAUAAUAUCAACAACGACACAAGAACAUCAGCAAAACAAAAGCUCAAAUGAGCAGAAAUAUGCGACAACAGGAUGGGGGUCAUGGCGCGCCAGUCAUGCGACGCAAAGCCAAUGCAGCAAGUUCUUUAUUGACCCAAGAGGAAAAUGAAGCUGUUUUUCGUAUGGUCGGUGAGAAAUGUCAGACUCUCAACACAGCCGUUGUACAAAUUUACAAAACCGAAGCUUCCGCUCAUUCCCAUUGGAAAAAGAAACAUACCGGCGUUGUAUGUUUUGUCAAAGAUUGGGAUUUACGUUCCUAUUUUUUACGCGCCUAUUGCCUAAUCAAACAUGAACUGAUAUGGGAACAUGAACUGUACGAUGCGAUGAAAAUCAAUAAGGCCCGAUCAUUUCUAUUGACAUUUGAGGGUCAGGAUGGUCAUAUCGCAUUGAAUUUUGUCUCAGAGGAUGAAUGUGACUCAUUUUACCGUGCUGUGGAUAAAACCAUUGAAACAAGAAACCGUAAGAAAUUAGAAAAACGCAAUAAACGAAAAUCGCAAAUGGCUCCAUCCGCCCCAUUAGCUCCAUUGCCCAAAGAACCUGAUUCCAACACUGUACAGUUACGUAAUAAUGCCUCCAAAAUUGGCACUAUCAAUUUUACCCCAGCCCCUGCACCGGUUCAGCAGCCAACAUCGAAACAUCUAUUCUCUUCGCUGUCAUCGUCUUCCAAUAAUAAAAAACAAAAGGGAAAAUUCAAUAAAUGUGAUAUUGGUGCACCAACCAAUUUCCGCCAUGUUUCACAUGUCGGCUGGGAUGAUGAUAAGGGCUUCGAUUGUCAGGGCGAUGAAAACGAUGAAGUUCUAACGCAAUUCUUCGCCAAGGCUGGUGUAUCGAAACAUCAGUUAAGUGAUCGUGAUACAAGGGCGUUCAUCUAUGACUUUAUACAGAAUAAAAAUGUUUUGGAUAUUGUGAAACAGGAAAAUGUGGAAAAACCAAAAACUACGUUAGCUGCUCCACCACCACCACCGCCACCAACCAGACAUCAUCAUCAUGCCCAAAAUGGCAAUACAACCACGACUACGACGACAGCAACAACAACACCAUCAGCCCCAAGAUCUGCACCACCUCCACCAGCUAGACAACCUCCACCACCAGUACCUACAACAGUGCCUGGUCUAUCAAGAGCUCCUGCGCCACCCUCUAGACCACCACCACCUCCAGCUCCUAGUACAGCACCGCCACCACCUCCUCCACCACCAGCGGCUUCAUUUGCACCUCCACCACCGCCUCCACCUCCGGCUAUGGGAGAAGUACCCUCAAUUACAACAACCCAUGUUAAAACUGAAACUAAGGCUCCAUCAAGUCUACCGCCAAUAUCAGAUACGCGUAAUGAACUUAUGGAUAGUAUACGUAAAGGCGUACAACUUAAGAAAGUGGAUACAUCAGCCCUUAGCACUGGCAGCGGUGAUUCCCAUGGUGAUCUUAUGUCUGAAAUUCGUAUGGGCUUUGAACUUAAACCGGCUAGUAGUCGUGAAAUUCCUUCAAGUCGUGCUAACGAUGAACCUGUUUCUGGUACUGAUGCUUUAGCUGAUGCUCUGAGAAGAGCAUUAUUAGAUCGUGGUCGUGUUAUGCAAUCGUCAGAUGAUGAAUCCGAAUCAUCGGGCAAUGAUGAUGAAUGGGAUGAUUAA